AUGAAACAACGUUUCUCCUCUCUAGAUCUGCAGGUGAUAGCCCACGAGCUCUCCACAACCCUCACCCCCUCCCACCGCCUCACAAACAUCUACGACAUCACCACGCGCAUCUUCCUCCUCAAGUUCUCCAAGCCCAGCAGCAAGCACCUGCUCCUCAUCGACUCUGGCUUCCGCUGCCACCUCACCACCUUUGCCCGCGGCACCUCGCCCAAGCAGUCCCCCUUUGUCGCAAAGCUGCGCAAAUGCCUGCGCACGCGCCGGUGCACGGCCGUCCGCCAGGUUGCGUCGGACCGCGUGCUGGAGUUUGUCUUCUCCGAGGGCGCAUACAGGCUCUACCUCGAGUUCUAUGCCGGCGGCAAUGUGGUGCUCGUGGACCGGGAGGGAACCAUUGUGGCGCUGCUGAGAGAGGUGAAGGGCGGCGAGGGCGGCGUGGGCGAGUGUCGGGUCGGCGCAAAGUAUGAGGUGUCGACGCGGGCUGCGGAGGGCGCGCUGAGGGAGAGGAUUGUCGCGGCGCUGGAGGCAUCUCUGGAGACUGAGGAUGCGGUGGCGACGACGACAACGACGUCCCUGCCGAGUCAGGGUGCGGGAAGAAAGUACAAAAAGAAGGCGAAGCGGAAGGGCGGCGAUGAGACGGUCAAGAAGGUGCUGUCGGCACGCAUGCCCGAGUUUGCACCGGCGCUGAUUGAGCACUGCUUCCGCACCACGGGCGUGGACGUGGAUGUCAAGGCCGAGGAUGCCCUGGCGGACGAGGAGACGCUCGACGGCGUGGUGAGGGCGCUGGAGGCUGCGGAGGGGAUGAUAAGGGAUAUCAUGGCCGACGUCAAUGGCACGGGCAUCAAGGGCUACAUCAUCGCCAAAGCACCCCGCGCACCGGCCGAGAACACGGGCGGGUACAAGAAGGACAAGGCCGCCGACAAGAAGAAGAAGAAGGGCGUUUCCUUUGGCGGCGGCGGCGGCGACGACGAGCUCGAGGCGCAGCAGCAGCAGCAGAGCGCCUUCAGCACCACCGAGGCCAUCGAGUCCGAGCAGCCGGAAAAGGUCCAGGAGGAGGGCGAGGCGAAGGGAAUGGUCUACGACGACUUCUUCCCCUUCCUCCCCAUCCAGUAUGUCAACGCCCCGGGCAUCAAGACCGUCGAGUGCCACGGCUACAACACAACCGUCGACUCCUUCUUCUCCUCCAUCGAGUCGCAAAAGUCCGACUCGCGCAUCACAACAAUGCGCGAGAACGCCGUGAGGCGCCUCGACGCCGCGCGCACGGACCAUAACCGCCGCGUCGAGGGCCUGCGCACACUCCAGGAGAUCAAUACGGCGAAGGCGCAGGCGAUCGAGGCGAACCUGGACCGUGUCGAGGAAGUCAUUGCGAGCGUCAAUGCACUUGUGGCAAAGGGGAUGGACUGGGUCGCGAUGGGCCAGCUCAUUGGCGUGGAGCGCAAGCGCGGGAAUCCCGUGGCCGAGCUGAUUAAGCUGCCGCUGAAGCUGGCGGAGAACACGGUGACGGUCACGCUGCCGGAGGUGAACUACGACGACGAGGAGGACGAGGAGGAGUCUGACGACUCGGCGGACGAGACGGACGAGGAGGGUGAUGACGAUGCCGCCGCGCCCACGAAGCCGAAAAAGGCGGCCAAGACGCUCGAUAUCGACAUUGACCUGUCGCUGACGGGAUACGCCAACGCGUCCUCGUACUUUACGCAGAAGAAGGUUCUCCUCGUCAAGGAGUCCAAGACCAUCCAGUCGUCGACCAAGGCGCUCAAGUCCACGGAGAAGAAGAUCCAGACGGACCUGCAGAAGGCGCUGAAGCACGAGAAGGACGUUCUGCGCCCCGUGCGCGCCCAGCACUGGUUCGAGAAGUUCCUCUUCUUCAUCUCCAGCGACGGCCUCAUGGUGCUGGCCGGCCGCGACCUCCAGCAGAACGAGAUCCUGUACCGCCGCUACUUCCGCCGCGGCGAUGUGUAUGUCAGCGCCGACAUUGAGGGCGCCGCCAUGGUCGUGGUCAAGAAUGAUCCGAAGACGCCGGGCGCGCCGAUUCCGCCGAGUACGCUGGCGCAGGCGGGGACGCUGGCGGUGGCCACGAGUAGGGCGUGGGAUGCGAAGAGUGGCAUGUCGGCGUGGUGGGUCGCGCAUGAGCAGGUGGGGAAGAUGGUCAGAGGGGAGUACCUGGACACGGGCCGGUUCGAGAUCAAGGGCGCGAAGAACUUCUUGCCGCCGGCGCAGCUGAUACUGGGCUUUGGCGUCAUGUGGUAUGUGGAUGAGGAGAGUCGCCGGCGGCACGGGAAGCACAGGCUCGGGGAGGAGGAGAAGGAGAAGAAGGAGCUGGAGGAUGCUACCGCCGCUGCGGAACCGGCGGGCGAGAACGCGGAUGGGGCUGGUGAUGGCAGUAUGGUCAAUGUGGACGACGAUGAUGAAGAUGAAGAUGCGGCCGGGACUGAGGCUGAGGAGAGUAGCGACGAGGAGUUUCCCGACGCACAGAUCGAGUCUGCGGGCGAAGAAGAGGAGGAGGUGCAAGAAGAGGCUGAGCCCGAUACCGAUGCCGAUGCCAAUGCCGAACCCAAAGCCCAAGAGCAAGACUCGGAACCCGACGAAGACGAUGACCGCACCACCACCACCGACAGAGCCGACACCCCUUCGGGCAGCAAACACAUGUCCGCCAAAGACCGGCGUGAGCUGCGCAAAGCCCGCCUCGGCGGCGGCGGCAACAGCGGCCCCACCAGCACCGACAUCACCGCCAAGGCCGCACCCCCGAAACCCGCACAAGUGCGCGGCAAAAAGGGAAAAGCCAAAAAGCUCGCGACCAAGUACGCGCACCAGGACGCCGAGGACCGCGCCCUCGCCAUGUCGCUGCUGGGCUCCGCGGCCGCCGCAAAGGCCGACGAGUCGGCGGCCACAAAGGCGGCGAAGGAGGAGGAGGCGGCGUUCCAGAAGGCGCGCAGACGCGAGCAGCAUGCGCGUGCGGCGCGGGAGGCGAUGAUGGCGGAGGAGGCGAGGCUGCGCGAUGAUGAUGAUGAUGAUGAGACGGUGAGUGUGCCGCUGGAUGCGUUUGUGGGGACGCCUGUGGCGGGCGAUGUGUUGCUGGAUGCGGUGCCGGUGUGUGCGCCGUGGGGCGCGAUGGGGAGGUUUAAGUACCGUGUGAAGAUGCAGCCGGGGACGGUGAAGAAGGGGAGGGCGGUGAAGGAGAUUUUGGGGAAGUGGGUGGUGGAGGGGGAAAAGAAGAGGGGUGUGGAUGGGGGGGAGGGGAUGUGGCCGGCGGAGAGGGAGCUGAUUAAGGGGUGGAGGGAGGCGGAGAUUAUCAACUGCGUGGGGGUCUCGAAGGUGAAGAUCUUUUCGGCGGGCGGUGAUGCGGCGGCGGAUAGGAAGAGGGGCCCCGGUGGAGGCGGCGGCGGAGGUAAGAGGGGCGGGAAAGGGGGGAAGAGGAAGUAG